UAUGAAGAUCUAGUCUAGUCUCAAGACUCAAGUCGCUGUCGCCUGUUUGUUUGUCAUGAGCUAAAAUAAUCGGCGACCAGGUGUUGGAUAGAAAAACUGGAUUGUUGUACAAAGUCAAGACUCAAAGGCAAAGUUCAUCUAAUCAGUCUUCUUGAGUAGACAUGGCCCUGAUAAAGUGGGAAGUACUUUUACCAAAGAAAUUUGGGGACAAGAUUCCAGUCCUUUUUAUUCUUUUGGAACUGAUAAUUGAGAUUGUUUUCGAGCUAUAUGUCGUAUUCCCAACCCUCUACGAACCUUUUUCUCAGAGCUAUAACAUCCAUUUAGCAGUCGGCCUCUUCCUCUUCUUCAACUUCAUCGGCAACUACUACCUGAGUAUCGUUACGGACUUGACAUCGGGACCAAACGUUCUUCCAUCGGUUCUGAAGCCGGAUUGGAGUUACUGCCCCUCCUGCACCCUCAAUACCCCUCCAAGGUCAUCCCAUUGUUUCGUCUGCAACAAAUGCAUCUUGAAGCGUGACCACCACUGUGUGUAUACAGGAAAGUGCGUAGGACACAACAACCAGCGAUACUACAUGAUGAUGCUGAUUUACUUGGCGCUUGGCGCCCUCUACGCCAACUACCUCAACAUUGAAUUCACGUACGAGAUGCUAAACAGCCUCGACUGGAAAGUCGUCAUCACCUUCUUUGCCCCAGUCAUAGGUUGGAUCUUUGGAUUCACCCAAUCGCUCUCCUUCCUAACUUGCCUGCAGUGUAGCACCUGUGUCGUAUGCCUCAUGUUAUCCUUAGCGAUGAUUUAUUAUCACCUAGCGCUCAUCUUGCGGGGACAGACCACCAGGGAAUGGAGGAAAGGGAUCCGCGGAUACAACCGUGGCUGGCGUCUUAAUUUACUGGAUGUCUUCGGGUCCAGGUGGUACCUUAUUUGGUUUUCUCCAUGGGUGUCGUCCCCAUUGCCAGGGGAUGGCAUCCAUUUUGUAAAGAGAGAUAAGAGUUUGGAGAAUGUGAAAGAUAUGUGACAGACCUGAUACAUGUGUAUCUGUAGAAUCGAAUGGCAGAAGUAACAGCUGUGUAACUCGACUCAAAUUCCAAUGUAGAAUUUACAAAUGCUGUCGGACACAAAACAGGCACCAUACAUAGCUCUGUAUGUUUUUUAAUUUU